ACGCGGCACAUCAGAAUCCAUCGGGCUGCCUGCUGCAUCGGACGGGUUCGCUCUGGCCGCCUCGCAGUACCAGGUGUGGCCUCGACGGAGCUAGUAUAAUAAUAAGGGCGAGCCCACCUUAUCGCCGCCAGUCACCCACCCACCCCCUCACCCAAGACCCUCCCAAACUCCCAAAGGCCGCCGCCGCCAUGGCCGCGCAGACCUUCCUCCUCGCGCCGCCAGCCGCCCUCUUCGCCGCCCCCUCUUCCUCCGCACGCCCUUUCCACUCGCUCCGCCUCGUCGCCGGCCCAGGGGGUGCCGCCGCCGCCAGGGCGCUCGUCCUCGCCGACGCCACCAAGAAGGCCGUCGCCGUCCUCAAGGGCACAUCCGAGGUCGAGGGCGUCGUCACGCUCACGCAGGACGACGAAGGACCUACCACAGUCAACGUCCGUGUCACUGGACUUACUCCUGGACUUCAUGGCUUCCACCUCCACGAGUUUGGUGAUACCACCAAUGGAUGCAUAUCGACAGGACCACAUUUCAACCCAAACAACCUGACACACGGUGCGCCAGAAGAUGAAGUCCGUCAUGCGGGUGACCUGGGAAACAUUGUUGCCAAUACUGAGGGAGUCGCUGAGGCAACCAUCGUUGAUAGCCAGAUUCCUUUGAGCGGCCCAAAUUCAGUUGUUGGGAGAGCAUUUGUAGUCCAUGAGCUUGAAGAUGAUUUGGGGAAAGGUGGCCAUGAGCUUAGCCUCACUACUGGAAAUGCUGGAGGAAGACUGGCAUGUGGUGUCGUUGGCCUGACUCCAUUGUAAGUUGCCUGCCGGAUCGCAGCCGAAGCUUCAGCUCACAUCCAUGCAUGGUGGCCUUUUGUCUUGAAUCGUGUUUCUGGGACGGCUCCUCUCUCUUUUUGUAUUACAUGGAUUUGCACCAUGCGUGGUAUGGUGCUUAAUAGCCUUUGUAGAUCGGUCGUAUGAGGAAAAUAACAUUUAGUCGAGGAAAUAAGUGUUGUCACAUAUCCUAUAUAUAAUCGAUCUAUGAAGCACUAUAUAUGAUGAGCAUCAACUCUUUACUGCUGUGUUGUUCUACCUGUAAAAUGUUUGAACAUCUAUGCGGUUAUGUUGCAUUAUUACUGGACAUCCA